GUAGACAACAAUGACGAUGUGACGACGAUGACGAUGACGAUGACAACGACGACGGCCACGAAGGCAACCUAGAAUUGUUACUGUAUUAAUCGUUCGCUUGUCACAACGUCGACUUCAACUGGAAGCGAGAGAACAAAACACAUCGGGACUUCUGUGUCUUCGCGUUAACGGCGUCAGACGGUAACGGGUCAAGAUGUUGGGCAGCUUGGUGAACUACCUGUUCGGAGGGAACUUCUCCGGUACAGAGGAUUCGCUCGAGGGUGAUCCCUUAACGUCUCGCUCGAUAAUGCGAAGGUUUAGGCAGAUGGAGGUCGAGGGCGAUGACUGGAUCCUCAUUAACCGAGCUGCUGAGGGCACGUCGGCGCUAGAGGAGUCGUGGUACGUAACACCACCCGCAUGCUUCACACAAGUCGGGCCCGUGAUCGUGGAGACAUCGCCUAUGGAGAACUUGCUGAUAGAGCAUCCUAGUAUGUCCGUCUAUCGUGCGACGACGUCUCAUGUCGCUCCCGACACUCCACCCCCCACGCCGGACACGGCGGAGGAACUUGAGGAGCCGGUUGGCAUCCUCUUAGUGCCGCUCGCUCUCAUGUCCUCCACGUCCACGCUAUCCACUUCGUCCACGUCUUUGGACUCCAGUCCAGACCGAAAUCGCAAUUCUGACCUCAACGAAUUUGCGCACAGAACCACUAUCCAUGAUGACAGACCGCUCAUGUCUGAAAGGAACGAUAAUAGAGUUAGGAUAACAAAUCAAUUCCGUUCCGCUCAAAAGGUGCUGCAGAAACGCUCGACUCAGAAGCUGAAGAAAGGCCGUCUGGAGAGAAGCAACAAAGUGCGGCAAAUCACAGGCAAACGUCUUCGUCGCCAGGACCGUUUGCGCAUUCAAAACAGUGGCGCAAACAACAACCGGAAAUGCUAGUCAUCCGAUCUCAGGCCAAGCUGUACUUAAACUUCUUCCUAAAAAAGUAAAAAAAGAAAAAAAAGAAACGCGACGACCAAGGCAACAAAUAAGCAAAGUUUCGUUGCAACGAUGAUCGGAAUAUACGGAGUUAGCUACUGAAGUACAAGUCACUGCAAGAAUCACAUGAAUACAAAGUAGAUGUCAUAACGUGACUUCGCUGUAAUGAGCUCAGUAUGAAUAGAUCCGAUGGAAUUCUCUGCAACGAGACUUUACUAUAAUCGUAAAUGCGUUUGUGUUCGCCGAAGUGUGCGAGCGAAUGGAAGUGUGUACAUUUGGUGAUUAGGAUUAGUUGAUAUA